UGUUCCGCGUUUUCACAGCACAAUUGAAGCAGACAGACGCCGUAUCAAGAGCUCCUGCUUUCAAGUUUGAGGGGAUCACCAGAAGAGGAAACGGGAAAAAUGGCUCCUGUCACGUAUACACACACGUUACUGUGGCUCUUGUUUGUAAGGAUGAGUUCAAUAUGUAAUGGAAACAUCAUGGAUGUUGAAACUACCGGAGCUUCAGAGAGAACAGCUCGGCAGGACAAGCUGGACCACGGGGGCGUGGCAGCAUCACACGCGAUGGCAAAGACCGAUUCUGGCAGAAUGGAGAAGUACAAGUCAAUAAUCAAAGAAGUGGGAAGUAAAUAUGACAUCGAGCCAGCUCUCAUUGCUGGCAUCAUCUCCAGAGAGUCCAGGGCUGGAAAUGCGCUUCAUGACGGCUGGGGCGACUUUGACAAAAACAGGGGAGCAUAUAACGCCUGGGGACUGAUGCAGGUUGAUGUCAAUCCAAGUGGAGGUGGACACACUGCUCGGGGCGGAUGGAACAGCGAGGAACAUCUCUGCCAAGGCACCGAGAUCCUGAUUUAUUUUCUCAAGCGGAUCCGCAACAAAUUUCCCGACUGGAACAGUGAGCAGCAGCUGAAAGGGGCGAUAGCAGCCUACAACACAGGCGAUGGAAGAGUCCACUCCUAUGAGAACGUGGAUGAGAGGACAACGGGCAAAGACUACUCCAACGACGUUGUUGCCAGAGCUCAGUGGUACAAAACCAACGGUGGCUUUUAAUAGCUGCAGUAUUAUUAUAAAGUCUGGUCUAAACUGCUGCACCUUCAUUCAUUUUUUUUUCCUGUAUUAAACUGCACAUUUUAUCUCUUAAAUGCUUGUAUUCUUCUCAUCACUUGUCUUUUUAGUCAUCUUAGUCAAUCAGCUUGAAUUAUUCUAUAAAUCCAUGUGCACUUGAUUAAAUUCGUCUGUACUGGUUUGAUGCAAUUACUUAAUUUUUAAUUAAACAUAGCGAACAUGUCUUUCACCAAAAUGAUGUGUUAAGCUGAAUAAACAUAACGCAACUCACAAA